CAAAUAAAUAGGUUUGAAACAGUUCCCUGUUGCGUAAUUUUUACUCCAAACUGAGUCGAGUCGUGUUGAAUGCAUCCUGACUGACGUUACCGUACGAUGGUGACCGUAGUGGAGCUGCUGAGUCUCCUGCUGGUGUCGGUGCUGUGGGGCUGCACCAACCCCUUCCUCAAGAGAGGCGCGGAGGGAAUCGAGCAUGUGCGACACAACAACAGAGUCUGCCAGCUCCUGGCUGAGGGCAAGUUUCUCCUCCUGAACCUCAAGUACCUGAUCCCAUUUCUCCUGAACCAGAGUGGCUCUUUGGUGUACUAUUAUACACUGUCCACCACAGAGCUAUCUCUUGCUGUUCCUGUGGCCAACUCUCUCACCUUCCUUUGCACUCUGUUCACUGGCAAGUUGCUGGGUGAAGAGUUUGGGGGCAAACAGGCUGUUGCAGGAAUGUUCCUCACCGUGGCUGGCAUCAGUCUUUGUGUUCUAAGCUCCAUUGAUGACACCAACACUGAGAUGCAGAAUAUCACCCAGGCUGCACACUAACGGAGAUGAGCAUUUAAACAAACCAGGACUCCUUAUGAACAGGAGAAAUCCAACGCAGACACAGGGAGAGUCUGUGUCUCUGUGAGGCUGCUGGGGGGCGGUUUGUGUUGAGAUGGACCCAUUAGAAUCAUUUAAGCUGAUGCUUCAGCGAGGGAAGGUAAAGGGAUUUGUUUGAGGGGAAACAAGGAGACAGAGAGUUGGCAGAAAUGCAUUUAAUGACCUACCACAUAUGUGAAUACGAGGCCUUAUAUUAAGGUUUUUUUUAUGUUCAGACAUGGAACUUAAGCCUAUCCCUUUCCUUAAGUUCUGCAAUAACAUAUCAAAUGAUGUAUGUUAAAUACAUUUUUAAAUUAAUUGCAUUUUUUGUAUUAUUUUGAAAGUGUUCAUUUUUAAACACUCUGGUACUAACCUUUAAAAAACUGGAUCAGUGACAUGUGUUGAUGUUUGUAUGUUUCUCUGUUUGAACAGUCAACAAUUCUUUCCAUUCUUUUAAACAAAAUGUUCCUCCGUUUCUUCCUUCUGCCUGAUUCUCAAUUAAUAGUAAUAAACUUUGAAUAUUCAAAGAAUUAACCGCACAAACCCUAAAAGGAUAAGAUCAAAACAUGACUCUGGUUACUUUAUACUGAUUAAGUGAAACAAAAGGUGAGAGCGAUGCCAAGGAGCAAACUGGGGAAAGGUCCCGUGAAUAAAAUCUUGAGUCAGCAGGAGCUUUAAAACCUUUGUGCAGAAACCCUCACACCGAGCUGAAGGGGACGCGGGUUCAUGCAGGGUUCACCUCAGCACCAGACCAGAUUUAUGGCGCUUGCCUACAAGUUGCUGGCUGUUAACUUUUACUUUUGAGCCCUCAGCUGUCCGACCAUGGGACUGCUAUCGGCAUAAAUGCCAUAGAGGCCAUAAACAAAUACCGCUGGGGUGUGAAAUGCACCAACUUCAUCUCACUUCCUGGUUUCACGGCACACUUUAACCGCGUGAAGAGGCUUUUGGGAGGAGAGGACACAGGAGAGUAGAAUAAAGCUGUUCAUUUACUGUACUAGUAAACAUGUAUUGCUCAAAAUCAUAAACCACUGUUUUAUUUCUUUGUAAGAUUAACAUGUACUUGGGUUAUUUUUUAACUUUGACGUGUUGUAUUCACUGUAAAUGUGCAAAAAGUUCUACAGAUUUUGGAGAAAAUUGAAACAUAGUAAUAUAUAUUUUUAUUGUCAGUCUUGAAAUGGACAUUUACUUUGUUAUGGGUUGACCUAUUUAGCUUGAUAUGUGCCUGAUCGUUUAUUAUUAAAUUUUUGGCAAAACACAA